UACUACCGUUAAAGCUUCCCUCUUUCACUCUCUCCCACCUCUCUCUUUUGGAUAUCCUUAUUGUUAACGCUAUCCAUUUCGCUUUCUGUGAAAAAAAUCCAACUUUGUAUUUUCCCUUCUCUUUGAUUCUUUUGGUUCAAGAUCUGUUCUUUCACUCCCUCUCUGUUUUGGUUUUUUCCCAGUUGCCCUAUUGACAGUAAAGAUGAAGCCCUGAAGAUGUUGCAAAGACAUGGUCUUUUUCUGGUAAGAAUCAAAGAUAAAAUCUGGGGUUUUUAUAUAGAGUUUAAAUGCUCGACUUAUUUCUCCUGAUCCAUUUUCGAUCUCAAAUUUGGCUGCGCAAAAGGAAAAGGAAGAAGAACCAACGAAAACCCUUUUUGAUUUCUGGUUUUACAGCUAAAAGAAGCUAGAAAGUCACUGUUUUUCCUUUUAUUUUCUGCUUAAUGUUCCUAACUUUUUUGUCCAAAAGUGGCGAAAAUGAGCAUAAGUGCAGCUGAGGAUGAUUCAGGGUCAGAGAUUCACAUACCAGCAGAUAUAGAUUGGCAUAUGCUUGAUAAAUCCAAGUUCUUUUUCCUUGGUGGUGCUUUGUUUUCAGGUGUAUCAGCUGCUCUUUACCCUAUAGUGGUGUUGAAAACUAGGCAACAAGUUGCAUCUACACAAGUUUCUUGCUUUAAAAUGUGUUUUACCAUCAUGAAAUAUGAAGGAUUUAGAGGGUUCUAUAGGGGUUUUGGUACCUCUUUGAUGGGGACAAUCCCAGCUAGAUCCCUUUACAUGGGAGCCCUUGAGGUUACCAAGAGCAGUGUUGGCACUGCAACUGUUAGUUUAGGGUAUUCAGAUACUUCAGCAACUGCUAUAUCUAAUGCAGCUGCUGGUUUGAGUUCAGCCAUGGCUGCUCAACUGGUCUGGACCCCAAUUGAUGUUGUGAGCCAAAGGCUUAUGGUUCAAGGAUACAAUGAUGUCAACAGUAGCAAAAAUGUGAACAAUGUGAAUUUUUGUAGAUACAGGAAUGGUUUUGAUGCGUUUAGGAAAAUUCUAUAUGCAGAUGGUCCUAAAGGACUAUACAGGGGAUUUGGGAUCUCGAUCUUGACGUACGCCCCGUCGAACGCCGUUUGGUGGGCAUCUUACUCCGUUGCACACAAGUUCAUUUGGAGUGGUAUCGGUUGCUCCUUGUGUAAAAAAGAUGAGAGUGGUUUUAGGCCUGAAUCGAAGGCCUUUGUGGCUGUCCAAGGGGUAAGUGCAGCCAUGGCCAGUGGCGUUUCGGCUUUGAUCACCAUGCCACUCGACACCAUCAAGACCAGAUUACAGGUACUGGACAGGGAAGAGAAUGGGAUAAGAAAACCAUCGAGUGUGCCGCAAACGGUGCGGAAUUUAGUACAAGGAGGAGGAUUGGCAGCUUGUUACAGAGGAUUGGGACCACGAUGGGCAUCGAUGGCUAUGUCAGCUACAACCAUGAUCAUGACCUAUGAGUUCUUGAAGCGGCUAUCGACCAAGACCCGAGAGCCAUUGACAACAUGAAAAGAGAGCCUGAUGGGUUUAACCAGUUUGCUUAGUAAGGAGUUACUAACUGUAAAUUCUUUUCUUCCUUUGGUUUGUUAAUGUAAAAAGUAUAUCUGGCAGUUUGUUUAU